AUGGCUACUGCUGAAGAUCGCAUCAAGAUGGAAUGCGACAAAUGCGGCUACAAGUGCAUCCCGCAAUGGCUAAACGACAAAGCCCACUGCUUGAAAUGCCAGGCAGUGCUGCGCACGCGAGGUUCCUGCCACGAGACGAAGCGGGAGGUGUUCGGCGCCGAGGCCAACGGCGAGGGUAGAAGAGAACCAGGACUUCUGCAAGAGUUUAAGCAUGGCCCAGCCAGUGCCAUGGAGUCCAGCUCUGGGUCAUGUUCGAUGUCGCCGGACGGAGCCCACCACUGGAAAUAUGGGAAAUGCAACUACUGCCAGAUGGCUGAAGGCAAGCUGGCCAAAGGACCAGGCGUCAUGGCGAAUCCAGGUGGCGCAGCAGAGUGCGACAGGGGAGGCAAGUGCAUUUUCAAGUUUGCCAAGUGCACGAAGUGUGGCCGAUCUGAGAUGGGGGGCAAGGCUGUGCGGAGGCCGAGUCAUGAAGCAAGUGUGACCCAGCAGAGAUCAUCCGAGGCCAAGCCGUCGCCCAAAGCUUCUCCUCAAAGCAGUCCCAGGCCUCAGAGCCCGCUUGGCACUGUAGCUGCCACCCUCCUCCAGUCUAACAGCAAGGAGGAUGUGGAGCGAACCCCUUCCAAGGAGAAAGAACCCACAGCCGGGCAGCGAAAUGAGCGCACACGGGUUGUGUGCCAUGUCUGUGGGUAUAAGUCAGUCCCGCAAUGGAUGAACGACAGGGCGCAUUGCCUGAAGUGCGACGCCGUGCUGAAGACGCAGGCUACAAUCCAUGGAUCCUCUGCCGUGCCAGAGAACAUGGAGAAGGACUUGGGCGCAAGCCGUGCCUGCGGCGAAGUGAGCACCUACAAGCUAGCGCCGUCUAGUGCCAUGGAGUCUUCUUCCGGUACCUGCUCCAAGUCACCUAAUGGCAUGCAUCACUGGAAGUAUGGCAAAUGUAACUACUGCCAAGCUGCCGAAGGCAAGCUGAUCAAGGGUGCUGGAGCCCUCGCCAACCCCGGUGGCACCAGCACUUGCAGCAAGGAUGGUGGAAAGUGUAUGUUCAAGUUCUCCAAGUGCACGAAGUGCGGUAGGAGAGAGAUUUGA